AAUCCUCUCUCCAACACAAAUUCCAACUCCUCCAAUUCGUCUAACACCAGCCCCAAUCCCAACCAGAAAAACCACCCUCGUUUUUUUCAAUAAUCACCAAGAAAUCUUCCGACUCGGUUUCGGCUCGCCCCGGUCUGAAAUCGUUUUAUGAGACGAUGGACUAGUUGGGAUUGAGAAAAUACGUCAUGCAGAGGCCCAAAGAACGACCCGAGAUUAGGACUGAAUUUGCCGAUGCGUUUCGGUGUUCACCGGACCUGGGGGCAAUGGUUUUGAACGUCAUGGAGGGGUUUUAUCCUCCGAAUGAGGACGAGUAUGAAAAUGAGGUGUUGAGUUCUCUAAGUUUAGCUUAUAUGGCGUUGUUGGAGGAGUUGAGGAGAGCAAAAAUUGAAAUUGGGGGAGAAGUGAAGGAGAGAGCGAGGAAAUUGGUGAUUGAAUGGAAAAGGAAGAUUAGAAAGGAUGAAUGGAAGGGAAAGGAAUCGUUCGACAUUUUGGGGGUUUUUGCAUAUUUUGGCGACGUAUGGAGUGGUGGAAGGGUUUAAUUUGAAUGAGAUUGUGGAUUAUAUUGCCAGUGUUGCCAGGUAUCGGGAAGCUAUGGAGUUGUGUCGAGAGUUUGUUCCCUUGAAUAAAAUGUCCGAUGUUAUUCACAAACUCAUUAUUAAGGGCAAACAACUUCUGGCCGUCAAAUUUAUUUUUUUAUUCGAGCUGGCUGACAAGUUCCAACCUGUUCCCCUCUUGUUAGACUAUGUAAAUGAUGCUAAUAAUAAGAAGCUUUCUCAGAAAGUUCCCAAGAGCAGAAACAACUCUCAUCAAUUGCUGAGAGAGGCCACGGACAAAGAAGUUGGUGUGCUGAAAUCAGUCAUUAAAUGCAUUGAGGAUUACAAUCUUGAAUCUGAGUAUCCAAAGGAGAUCCUUGUAAAGCGCAUCGAAGAACUAGAGAUGGAGCAGACCAACAGGAAAUGCCCUGCAGCAGUCCCUACUCCCCAGCCUUGGCAGCAGUCAAAACCACAAAAAUGCAGUGGAAGCAAGCAUUCUCGGACUACUAGUUUGUUGCCAGAUUGUCAUGCUCCAUACCUAAGUUCACGAGAUGGGCCUGACGGCUUGGCAGGCACCACUCCGGCCAUGGCCUUUCAUGCUGGGUCGUCUGCUGGCCCGUAUGGUUUUUCGGGAGCUCCUUUGGAUAUUAUACCUGGGAGUCUAACCCCUAUUGAAUCCAAUUUAGCUUCAGAGUCGCAUAUGCAAUCUGGUUAUUAUGAUCGGCCAAUUGUUUAUAAUGGACAUGGUUUGCCACCACAAUACAAUCUAUCUUACUAUCCUGAGUAGUUGGUUGCUCUUCCUUGUUUGUGUCGUAAAACUUUGGAGGGUACCUUAGCUAUUGCCCCGACUUUGCAGUUCCAGUCAUCGAAAACCUUACUGACCUUUUUUGAUCACCAUGAUUGUAGCACAGUGACCAGACUGGUCUUUGUUUAGAUUGUUAAAUUGUGUCUGUCUAGCAUCACAAUAGUAGCUUAU